CAAUCAUCAACACUAACAAGAGAGAGAGAGGGGUUGCAAUUGUUAGAACAACACUUAAUUAGUUUGCGAGAGAGGAAGGAGAGAUACACUUGUCUUUGUAAACAAUUAAGAAAGAUGACAGGAAACUUAGCUCAUCUCACUCUAGCGUUUGGCCUUCUUGGCAAUUUGGUCUCCUUUAUGGUAUUUCUUGCACCAUUACCGACGUUUUAUAAAGUUUAUAAAAAGAAAUCAACCGAAGGAUUUCAGUCGGCACCUUAUGUGGUGGGUUUGUUCAGUGCCAUGCUUUGGAUAUAUUAUGCAUUGUUGAAGAGYAAUGUCAUGCUUCUCAUAACGAUAAACUCAGUUGGUUGCUUCAUUGAAACCGUGUACAUAUGUUUCUUUCUCUUCUAUGCACCAAAGAAGGCUAGGAUGGAGAGUUUAAAGCUAAUUGUAUUGCUGAUAGUUGUUGGGUUCGGAUUGAUUGUUGUCCUAACUCAAUUCCUUGCAAGUGGAGUUACCCGAGGGGUGAUAGUUGGAUGGAUUUGCCUAGUGUUUUCUUUAUGUGUUUUUGUAGCACCUUUGGGAGUUCUGCGACAAGUGAUUAGAACGAAAAGUGUAGAGUACAUGCCAAUUCUAUUAUCAGUAGCCCUCACCCUUAGUGCCGUCAUGUGGUUUUUUUAUGGUCUACUUCUUGGUGACUUCAAUAUCGCGAUUCCAAAUGUGCUUGGAUUCACCUUUGGCAUAAUUCAGAUGAUACUAUAUCUUGUAUAUAAAAACAAGAAGUCGGUUAGCAACGAAAAAUUAUCCAGUUUUGAAGCAAAAAUCAACGAAAUGGAUGAGAAGAAAGUUCCAGAAAUAAAUGAUCAUAAAGUCAUCGAUAUCGUGAAGUUGGAGACCUUAAUGUGUAAUGAUAUUUAUCCAACGGUUGGGAAAUCGGACAAAAGCAAAGACGUCCAUGAUUGCAAGGAUGUUCAAUCUCUAGCUAUGCCAAAUCGCAGCAUUUGAAGUUAACAUAUGAGAUCAUGUAAUUUUAUUUUGGAUCAUGUAGAAAAACCCAAAGUUGACAUGUGGGGUGAAUUGUGCAAACUUAAUUAAAGCUUGCUUUCUUUAUACUA